AAUGAGUCUGGUAGAAGGCAAGCAUAGAAUAACGCUAACGAUUAAGGAUAAGGAUAAUUCAUCAUUUAAAGGCCUACUUUUUAUCACUAAUUCAUCAGAGAAUUCAACACCUCUGCCCACUCCUUAUGAUCAAAUUGGUGCAUCGUCAUACGUAAUUGCUGUUGUACUUGUAUAUGGUUUAUCAAUUGUCAUGCUCAUUGCAUCUCACAUUAAAAGAAGGCAUGAUAAAGCCAUGGAAGAUAGGCAAAUUGAAAAGUAUAUACAAGCGGUUCCGAAUCUUAAAGAGAAAUCGGCAAGGGACACUUAUAGAAAUCUAAAGAGAUCUAUUGUUCCAAUAGUAGCAGUGGCUUUAGCCAGUUCGCCAACAUUACCAAAAGGUACACGAAAUAAAUUUGCGAAUUUGACUUUUACUCCUCUACCAAAAUUUGUCAUUCAUCCUCCGGAAAGUGAACAUCGAGGAUCUCUAGACAGCGGGAAGUGUUCACCUUCUAUAUCGUUAUCCACAAAAUCAUUACUUCAUGAAAAUGAAGAGUGCAUUGACGUAACCACUGUGGUCUAG